GUACAGUGAGUUAGCAGGCAUUUUGGACUUCUCAUGUAAAGUGUACUGUAUUUUAUUGUGGAAUUUAACACUAAGCUAUUAUUUACUUAUGUUUUUGAAAGUCAACAAAGUUUAGUAGCUAGCGUUACAUUCAUCUUCUGGUCCUACCGAUGCCUAAGAAAGGGAACCCCGCUGCAGCGGAGGGGGAAGAGGUCCCUUCGAAACAGAGAAAAACAGGCCCCAGCGCUGUUCCAACCCCCCUCAAUUUUACCAGCCCCAGCAGCCUGUUUCAGAGCCUGAUCGCACCCCUGGGCCUGCAGGAAUUCUUCCAGGAAUACUGGGAGAAGAAGCCCCUGUUCCUCCAGAGGUCAGACCCUGGACUGGCCACCUACUACCAGUCACUCUUCCAGCUCUCUGACCUGAAGGCACUGUGUGGACAGGGUAUUGUGUAUGACAGAGACGUUGUCCUGUGUCGCUGUGUCAACGGCAAGAAAAAUGUGUUGAGUAAACAGGGUCGGGUAAACUACAGCCAACUGAAGAAAGAUUUUGAGCAGAAGAAAGUUACUUUACAGUUCCACCAGCCACAGAGGUUCAAGGAUGAGCUUUGGCAGAUCCAGGAGAAGCUUGAGUGUUUCUUUGGCGCCUUGGUCGGGUCAAAUGUGUACAUCACCCCGCAGGAGUCCCAGGGGCUCCCGGCUCACUACGACGAUGUUGAGGUCUUCAUCUUGCAGCUGGAGGGGGAGAAACACUGGCGCCUCUAUGAGCCCACAGUCCCCCUGGCCCAGGAAUACAGCUUGGAGCCAGAGGAGCGCAUUGGCAGCCCCACUCAUGACAUCACACUAAAGGCUGGAGAUUUACUGUAUUUCCCCAGGGGAACGAUCCACCAGGCAGACACGCCAGUUGGGGUGGAUCACUCCACCCACCUUACGAUCAGCACCUACCAGAAGAUGUCUUGGGGGGACUUCCUGCUUGACGUGUUUCCCAGCUUCCUGUUUGAUUCAAUGAGGAGUGACAUCACCCUGAGAGCGGGCCUGCCCCGGAAACUCCUAACGGUUGCAAGCCCACCCCCUGGCACUACCAAGCAGCUGUGCUCCUUCAUGAGAGACCUGGCAGACAAGAUGGAGCGGGGGCAGCUGGAACCGCACUCUGUGGGCAUGAAGCGUGACUUUGUGUCUAACAGGCUGCCCCCGUACGUGCAGGAUGACUUGGCCUUUACACCAGCUGGAAAGAUGCCUGCACUUGAAGACCUCGUAUCUAUGAAGUUUGUAGACCACAUCCUGGUGACAGUGGAGCCCAGCGAGGAGAUAACCGAUGAGGCUGUAGAGCUGGUUGUUUUCCUCCUGCACUCUCUGGCGAACAGCAGGGAGGACCACAUGAUGGGAAAUGAUGCUGAAGAGGAACAGAAACACGGGAGUCGAGGCCUGCGCUUUGCCCUCUCACACCUCCCUGCCCUCAGACAGCUGCAGAGUGGAGAGCGCCACCUUGUGGCCAACCUGCAGCUGGACCAGGAUGCUGACAAACUCAACCUGGCCCUCUCACUCUGGAGCGAAGGGCUGCUGAUGGUCUGUUAGCAGGGCAGGAAACCCAUUGGUUCUCAUUCAUAAGUUAUUAAAAAUAUCUCAAGGUUCCUCAAA